CAUUUUUAUGUGAACAUCGGCCGGUGGGGACAUUUUGAAAUAAGUAGCUAGCUGGUAUUCGUAUGUGUGAAUGGACUAAGGUUGACGUUGCAAGUGUAUUAUUUGUAUAAGUCAUACAUAAAAAAAUAUAUAUAUACAUAUAUAAAAAUAAGAUGUCACAGAAGUCGGACACUGAAGAAACAAGCGUGUAACACCCGGUCCUAGGUGAGUCCCUGUCCAGGCCCACUCUUCUAAGACAGUCAGACCACGGGGCCCUACUCUCAACUAGCCUUAAGAUGGCAGACACAGAGGAGUUUGUGGAUGGCGAGACCCUCCCAGAGUGUCCUGCACAGGUGGGGUCAGCAGCUGCUUUUAGGGGGGAGCAGGGGGAGCCCCUUAAAACAGAGACCACCACCAGCUUUCCACCAGGAGAAGAGGGGGACAGUCCCUUGCAGAUGGAGGGUGAGCCCAGCCUGCUCUCCAUGCCCUGCCUCAUGAAGGAGCUAAGGAGAGACUCCCCAGAGUCCCAGCACGCCUCCACCGGCAGUGACAAGCCUGCCUCAGACCGCGUCUACGAGAGCGACUCCUCCAACCCCUGCAUGCUCUCGCCCUCCUCCAGUGGCCACCAGGCCGACUCAGACACACUCUCCUCUGGUGAGGAGGGAACCGCCUCGCGGGCGUCAGGGGAGGAGGGCACCACGGUGGCUGACACCGGGCUGGCAGCAGGGUGCCAAAUGUCAUCGUCAAGCAGGCAAAAGUCCCGGCGUUCACGUUCUGAAAGUGAGAUGUCCACCAACACAAUGGCAGCCAAGAAGAACCGCUGCCAGCCGGCUGUGGCAGGAGGAGCAGGCGGCGAGAAGCAGACCAACGGCCGGCUGGCUAAAGUCAAAGGUCACCGGAGCCAGAAGCACAAGGAGCGGAUACGGCUGCUGAGGCAGAAGCGUGAGGCAGCGGCGAGGAAGAAGUACAACCUGCUGCAGGACAGCAGUACAAGUGACAGCGACCUCACCUGUGACUCUAGCACCAGCUCCUCUGAAGAUGAGACAUCAGGCGGCAAGACAAUCACCACAGACAUCCCAGACGGGCCUCCCGUAGUGGGCCACUAUGAUAUUUCGGACACUGAUUCUAACCAGGAGCGUUUAAGUUUGACUGUGGAGAGAGUGUGCCUGCGCCGGACAACCGUGAUAACACAUGAAAGGCUAAAAACACACAGGGACCAGGAUAUGGGAGCAAACUCUGGGGCAGUAAGAGUACAGCAUCUGUGCUCUCUCUCAGCAGGUCACAUGGAGGCAGAGCUGGCCCACAGGGAACCCCCUCAGCACAAGGGCCACAUCCACAUCCCCUCCUCAGACAGUGAGGUGGAAAUAGUAGGAGUGCAAGAAAACACAAGGUGUGCCCAUCCCAGGGCCGGAGUGAUCCAGAGCCUGUCCUCUGCCUGGAAGCCCAACUCAGGGGAGCACUUCAACAACAGCACAAGGCAAUCCUCCCCGCUCUGGACUACCGUGUCCCCCCAGCCCAACUGGGUGUCCCCUCCGGAGGUAGUGGACCUCACUCUGGAUGAGGAUACUAGACACAAAUUCCUACUUUGAGCAACUUAUGCACCGAAGACUUCCUUGCACCCCUCUCCUCCCCCACCACGGCGGAAGCCCUUCCUGAGUAUUACAGCCACCACCUGUGACUCAUGGGCUGUGUCUCGAAUGACACCCUAUUUAGUGCACUUUAUAGUGCUUUGGUCAAAAGAAGUGUGCUAUAUAGGGAAUAGGGUGUCUUGAGAUGCAGCCCCGUGGACUCUUCCUCUUCUUGCUGAGUGCUGUUUGUUUUUAACCUACUGUAGAACCUUGUGUAUCAAAGCUAUUUUAACUAAGGUGAUUCCCUGUUCAUGUUUUUUUUUAAAGAUAUAAUAAUCAAGAGGGCAAGACACUAGAGCAGGUGGAACCAUAGAGAUGUUUUACAGUAAAACACAUAGCAAUAUUCUCCCUGUCCUGUACCUCAUUCAUCCCGGAGACUGUCGUACGUAUGUAGGUAGGCACUUUGUGUUCUGUCCGCUAGCUGUAACCAGACUUAAAAGCUGCUGCAUGAGGGCGGGGCAGGAUCAGUGGCUUGAACCUGCUGCACUACAGACUGGUGACCUAUUCUCCGACUGACUGGACUGGGCUUUCAGUUGAUACUGAAUGGCAACUGGUACACUUUCUACAGCAAGGUCCGCCGGCCUGUGACAGGGCUUUGGUGGCUUGACCUGAUUCCUACAUCUCGAUAAGAGUCACUUUUUUUCAGGUGUAUGUUAAGAUUUGACCGCUGGCUCCACACUCUCACUGGUCAAACUACAGUAAUAAUGUUGCUUUUUACCUUACUUCACUUACAAAAAUAUAUAGUCAAUUAUGUUUCAUUUAUACUAUUGAUAACGGUGCUGUCAGUUACUCAAUGUGUUUAAGACCAUAGAUAAAUCAAGUUCUAAGCUAGCUAGAUAGUAUUUUUUUCCUAUUCAAGGAAACAAACCGCAUCACUGGUCUAUGUUCAGUUCUCGUCUUUCUCUUCGAGUAGCUAGUGGUCAGACACACAGGACAAGAUGAGUGCUGCAGUUCUGUUUGUACUCAAACAGUUGCUGCAGUCCUCUGACAUAGCAGGUUGUGUACAGUACUGUUACUGUAAGACAGGUCUGCUGGCUAUUGAGCCAGCCCGUUGCUAUGGAGAACAGUCUGAAAGUGUCCCAGGUGUCAUUCUGGUAGUCAGUGAAUGUAUGACCCUGCAGUGCUAACUGGAUGCACUUAUGUGGAUUGUGUGUAUGUGUAUCCGUGUGAAUGAGAUAUCCCUCCUCCUAACUUUUCGAGACCCCCUUCUGACAUCUGAGGAAAUGUAUCUUCCAUUGAACAUUAAAGAGCGAAGAUUGCCUGAAUGCCUUGGAAUGUGAACUAUUUUCUUUCAGAGUCAUGUAUAUUCUUUUACCUUAAAGUGCGGCGGAUUUUGCCGCCUCUACAAAAAAGUUAUUUUAAUAAUAGAUGUGAAUUUACUACGUAGAUAUUAACAAGGAAAGUACUGGUGAGUGUUGUGCCCAUUUGGGGGCUUUAUAGAGAUACCUAUUUAAUGUAUGAAUUGUUUUAACCCUGAUUCCUCAGGACUCUACCUGGUUCUCCUGUUUAUUGUGUACUCAUGCAGUACUUCAGGCCUGGUGAGACUGCAACCACGCCUGGUUAGUUUUUACCAAUGGUCUGGUAUCACAUCCAUUUAAACUGCAUGAACCUUUUGGUCUCUAUCUCUUUCCCUCAUUAGAGGGUUAUAUUGAAGCAUUCAAUUCACUCCUGCUGGUCACAGAAAGAGAAAAGUCCUCCUCGACACCAGGAACUGAACCAAAGUCUAAUCCAAUUUUUGUCAACGAAAGACUUCAAAUCCUUACAGACUUGUGCGAUUUAAGCUUUUGACAGCUUUUAUUUCCCUUUUGCAUGUGUUUAAAUUAUUUUGAGGUCUAUGAAUUUGUUCUUAAGUUGUUUAGUUGAUUUCAAGUUGAAUGUGUUAACAUCACCCUCUUCCCAGAGAAAAAUAUUGUGUAAAUUAGAUGAUGACAUGAUUAUGUUGGAAUUUCAGUAUCACCAUGACGGUUUUCUCCACUGCAUGCAGCUAGCACUGAAAUGUACCUUUUUAUUCCAGACCUAUUCUCUUGCAUGCAGCACCGCUAAGCCCAUUCUUGUUGUAUAGCUCGUCAUUAUGAUUAUUGUUUGUCAGUUAAGACAUUGCUCAUGCCUUUUAGGCUUAGUGGAUUGCUUUCUGUAAGAAACUAUGGCAGCAUCACUCAAGUAUGGUUGCGCAUACCAUUGUUACAUUUUUGUCCUCACGUCAAACAUUGUUUCAACCCGCUCUCAGUAAUUUAACCCUUAUGUUCUGUUUAAUUUAUUUUACUGUCAUUAUUUUAAAUUAACAAGAAAUUAGUGUUAAUAUUUUGCAAGUCCCGGACUUCUUUGAAAUGAUGUCUGUAGAACAAAAAGGAAACUAUUUUAAAAUGAAAUAAAUAUAGUAUUAUUUAA